CAAGAAGAAUGGCUAGACGUAUCACAUCUUUUCAACUGGCGAUAGUAGGCGUCAUAUUGGCGAUAUGUCCGUGGGACUCGCAUUUCAAGAUGGCGUCCGGAGUCGAGACGCCGCAAACCAAGAUCGUCUGCUACUUCACGAGCUGGGCGUUUUACCGAGUGGAAGAAGGCAAAUUUCUUCCCGAGAACGUGGAUCCGUCGCUGUGCACACACAUCAACUACGCCUUUGCCUUUCUCGAUUCGACGUCACUCAAGAUCGUGGCUUCGGAUCCAUGGGCUGAUCUGGACAACCAGUUCUAUAAGAAAGUGAAUGACCUCAAGCUCCUUAACCCAAAGCUCAAAGUACUGCUUUCUCUAGGAGGAUGGACAGAAAGCGGAAGCGACAAAUACUCUCGACUUAGCGCGAGCGCCAGUGCCAGAAAGGCCUUCGUGACAGACUCUGUGGCCUUUCUGAAACGCUACAGUUUCGACGGUCUGGACAUUGACUGGGAAUACCCGAACUGCUGGCAGGGAAACUGCGGCUCAAAUCCCAAGGACAAGGCCAACUUCGUCCUCCUCCUACAAGAACUCAAUGCUGCCUUUAAACAGCAGAAACCAGCACUUCUGCUUACCAUCGCCAUGUCUGCUAACGUGAACGUAAUGAAACAGGCGUAUGAUGUACCCAACAUCUUCAAACACUUGGACUUUGCCAAUCUGAUGGCUUACGACUAUGCGGGUUCUUGGAGUACCAAGACGGGCCACCACUCGCCACUGCAAAAGGCCUACGGAGAAACAGAUCCCACAGCAAGUGUCGAGUACAGCGUAAACGCGCUCUUGGCCCUGGGUGCGCCGGCGAACAAGGUGGUACUUGGAGUUCCCUUCUAUGGCCGAUCAUUCACCCUCUCGGACCCUGCCCAGAACGGGGUAGGUGCUCCCGUCAAGGGCGCAGGCACAGCGGGAGCCAUUACUAAAGAACCGGGAUCAUUGUCUUACUAUGAGAUCUGCAAAUCACUCAAGACGGGAGGAUGGACGACAAUGAUGGAUCCAAGUGCCGGCCCUUACGCAUUUUCCGGCGACCAGUGGGUCGGAUUCGAUGGGCCUCGGUCCCUCGCCAAGAAGGCCAAGUUCGUCAAAGCCCACGGCCUUGCGGGCAUCAUGGCAUGGGAGCUGAGCAUGGACGACUUCAGUGGACUCUGUGGCUCCAAGUAUCCGCUCCUGACUGCUAUAAACACGGAGCUGAAGAGUGCUGAUGCUACGUCUGGCAGAUAAAAAAGGACCCGAAAAGAUAGGACUGCCUCUGGCUCGGGCAUUGCGAUCCUACGGUUAUAUUGUUAAAAAGAAUCCAUCUUGUUACAGCUGGACGUUGACAAAUUUGUCAACGACAGUGAAAAAAAAAAAAGACAUGUAGACAAAAACAUAAAAUACGGACCCAAUCUCAUCCAAGAAAUAACUCAUCCAGGAAAGUAUGCUUCGCAUGCUGGAUAUUUUUUUCCUCUGGGUAAACCGGCAGAGCUAAGCGCCUGCUUGCUCUACGGAAAAUUUUCUAUAAUUUCAAAUUACUUCAAUGAUACACAAGAAGAAGCAGCAGCUAAACCCCCCAAAAGAGGAGCUUAGAGUGAAUACUAAGGAAAACACCCAGAAAGCAUCCAAAAUAAGAGCCAACUAAGGCAAGGAACUCUCCGAUUGCCAAGACUUUUGUGUUAAAUAAAAUUGAGUUCCGUAUAA